AUGGCCGAGACUACCGAUACGGACGAGGCUGCGAGCUCUGUAUCAGCGGGGAACAGCUCCCGCGAGGAUAUCACGCAUCUCUAUUCAUACAUAGAGGCUUUACCAGAAUCAUCCUCUUCGGAUGUGAAUCUUUCAACCGGAGUUAACUUCAAUCGGGAGGUAGAGGUGUUUCCAAGUCCGCGCAGCUCCGCAUCUUUCGACUCCAGACGGGACAGAGCACCAGAACACAGCAUAGUCCCCUACAGAUAUUCACGGUCCCCUAGAAGGGUCAGUGCAGGCAGUUUGCACCUGCGAGGACAGACCGAUGCACCGGGUCUCCCUCCACCAACCCUUGAAGCUCUAGACGACACCUCCUCUUUAGGCAGCGACGCGGAAGAGAUUGAGAUCGAGGCUGGCUCGGAUACAGCAUCCAGCGUAUUCUCCAUCGACGAUCAGAUUCCGAACGACACAGAUGACACCAAAUCGCCUAAAUCGAAGGUCAAAGAUAGCCCCCAGUGUAGGAUUCAUAAUAUAAUCAGAUCCCGAUACACCAGCUUUGGUGACGAGGGGGAGGAUGAUAUGUCGAUUGAGCUCACAUGCGGGCCCCAUGCGGUUGAGGAUACCAAAGGUGUUUUUCGAUGGGUUCAUAAGCAUGAUAAGAUCAUGGAUUUUGACGAAUUCAUUCAAACUUCUUUGAAUGCCCUUGAGCUGUCAUUGCGGGAAAAGCGAAUGGUCAAACAAGGGUUGGAGGCCAUCAGAAAGCAGAGAGAAAGGCCAUUCUUCGCGCAUUACGCCACUCGUGGACGAUACAUGGAGCCAUUCGUUACCCAGAAACUCUGGGCUCACCCAUCGCCGGCCAUGUCGCAUCUAAACCGAGUCGUCACCGUCGUUUGUUUUCCAUACUUCCUUCUUGACGAGCUUCCAAAACGCGGCACGCCACCGCGCACGGCUAGCCAUGUUCCGCUCACACUUCUGCAGUCUUUUUCCACUUCUACAGAGCCAGAACGUGAUACGCAGCAGGUCGUAUGUCGCAGCCCCGUGGGAAGUCAUAUCCUCACUUGCUCUCAGCUGGCAGAGCUAGGCCUUCAAUCUAGUACUGUUUCCAUGAUCCAGAGGCCCACUCGCGGACCGCCCCAUGUCCCUUUCAUCAAAGUUACUGAUGGAGGAAAUUGUAUAUGGCAGCUCGGCCUAGAUGAUUGUAGAACUUGGUUUAGUUUUACAGCACAUUUCAUGGAUAUCAAGGGUAGUCAGUCCGGAGUCGCACGUCGCUUCGGAGAUAUCUUCCGCGUCACCAUGGGCGGGCGCACAAUUGGUCCUCGUGACUGGGACAAAGUCAUGACUAAAGCCCAGAAAGGAUCUGCCCAUCUAGUGCUUAUUCGGCGGACACGCGCCGAACGCAUUAUGAUCGUUCAUCCGCCCGAGUCCGAUGACGAGUUCGAGAUGGCGGAUAGCAACGAGCUAUUCCUAUGGGAAAGGACUAAAUCCACGCCACCUCCAGGGUAUGACGUGAGCUCUUCUGAAGUUACACUGGACACUACGCAUUCUGGGGUUUCCGCCUCCGAAACGGCAGAAGUCGAUUCACCUGCAACAAGUCGGCCUACUGGAAACGGAUCAGGAGACCUAGAAGACAAUGCACCGACUCAAACGGCCCCCCUAAGAAGCGACAGUUGUGGAACAAGCCCUUCGACUACGCAAGAUUAUAGCGUUUUCCAUGCCCUAACUUGGGCCACCAUCGCUUGCCAACCAUCUAGGGAAACAACCCACGAUGCUCAGGCUCAGACCGUCGAUGACUGCGAACUUCUUUCGGACAUACAUCAGAAACUUCUACGAAAUGUCAACGAACAGGAGAGAAAAGCGUACAUUCAUAGCCGAGAGAAGACUCUACCGGAAGUGACCACACAUCUACUCACAGUCACUCGGAGGAAAGAAGGAGGUUACGUCCAAGGUCUCUCAACGCUUGAUACAUUCUUCGUCGCCGCAGUGCAAAUGUUUGAGCUCUAUCUCCCUUUGGAGAACGCAGCGGACUGCGCUAAGAGGUACUGGGGCUCAGUGUUCUUCGUCAUGAAGAAUAUCCUCGUGGACGACGGUCUCGCUCAUGCACGGUCAACCGUGGCAUUUAUCACCAUGUUCAAACGGGUCGCUCAUCUCUCGUGCGUCAUACAGACCGAGUUGUCCAAGCCUCAAGGGCCGGACCCUAUGUCUUUCAAAGUUCCUAUCGAAUUCCGAAAAGCCUGGAUGCAUUGCGUCCUCUCUCUUGCUAUGUUUCGCUUUAAGAGCAGAAGAUGGCAAGAUAGAGAAAGACAUCUGGAGAAAUGCGAGGCACUUCUUCAUCGCGGCCGGAUAACACUUUGGAGAACAUCAAUGAAGGUACCUCUUCAAAGGAAGGAGGUGGCAUCCCCUGCCGCCCUCAUGUGCGCUCUAAUUGGGAACCUUGUCCGGGAUGUCAGCACGGGCGACAUGACGCCUGAUAUCACACUCAUCUACCGCGAGUAUUGGAAACAACUAGAAAUCAACGUUAAAUCCGGCCGAUGGAAGGGAGCCCGGCCGCAAAUUGGAUUUCUUCAACAAGAGAUAAAGGCCAUCUUCAAGACUCUCGACGACCAAAUCGACCUCCUCAAGCGCCUGUACCAGGAGAUUAGAUCCCAAUGCUUAGGGUGGUCUUCCCUUGACAGUCAUCACCUCGAGCACGCGCCUCGGCCAGAACUGCCCUUCAUCGAACGAUGCAUAGAGCACGUACAAAAGCGAGUAGAAGCUUUUGAGACCAUCGAAAGAGAAUCCAUCGGAUUGGAGAGAUGGAUCAAUGAACAGACCGCAUUAACGAAAGACCGUCACGACAACGCCAUCUACACGUUUACAGUCGUAACCGUCGUAUUCCUCCCACUCUCCUUUGUCUGCAGCUUCUUCGGCAUGAACACGCACGAUAUCCGCGACAUGCAAGGCGGCCAAUGGAUCUUCUGGGUCGCUGCCCUUCCUCUCACGUUCUUCAUCGUUUUCGUCGCGCUGCUUUGGACGGACGAGUUGGGGCAUGCCUGGACUGCUUUGACGGGCAAGAUCGGCUCGGGUGAGGCGCCGGGAGACCCCACUCCGCACCACCAGCAGCCUGGCUUGUGGAGCGCGAUUUUUGAGCGUCAAUCCGCGUGGAAGAACGCCUUCAAGAAGGAGACAACUCAACUACAGCGACCAUCCACAGCUCAUGCUCCUGCUCCUCCAUCUCAAACAUCCGCGACGGAUGCGAUAGAUGAGUGGGCAAAACCUUAUCGCCGAACGCCAACUUACAAGUCGUUGUAG